UUCUAUCCAGUGGCAAGAGGAGUACUCUGUCGGCUACAGUAUUUCCACGGUGCUUUACCACAGCGCAAAUCGUAGGAUCAAAUGUCGAGAAAGAUUUUGUUUUCCGUUACUAUGUAAUCGUUUAAUUGCAGUAAGAAACGUUGCGUUACAGAAGAUAUAGGCCUUCGGAAGAUUUUGGAUGGCAAUUUUUCAUCGUCAAUAAUUCCCAGACCAUGAACUACGUGGGUCAGCUGGCGGGCCAGGUGUUUGUGCAGGUCAAGGAGCUGUACCGGGGCCUGAACCCGGCCACCCUGUCGGGCUGCAUCGACGUCAUCGUUGUGCGUCAGCCGGACGGGACGCUGCAGUGCUCGCCUUUCCACGUGCGCUUUGGCAAGAUGGGGGUGCUGCGCUCCCGUGAGAAAGUGGUGGACAUAGAGAUCAAUGGAGAGCCUGUGAGCCUACAAAUGAAGCUAGGGGAAAACGGAGAGGCCUUCUUUGUCAAAGAGACAGAGAACCCACUGGAAGUGUUCCCAUCAUACCUGGCAACGUCACCAAUUAUGUCCCAGGGGGCGGAGCUAAUGGAAGCCCAGCUUGGGAGGGGCGCGUCUCGCCUCUCUGACCCCGCUUUGCCCACUGUCCAGACCCUGGGCUCCCAGCAAACCACAGGAGGAGGUGGAGGAGGGGACGGAGUGAUGACGACGACGAAGAAGAGGAGGAAGAGGAGGAGGAAGCUGCGGGACAGUGGAGGAGGGAGACGGGACGAGAGUGGGGAGUACUCGGAAGACGAGGACAUGUUCACCAUUGACCUGAGCACGGAUGACGAGAGGGAGAAAGACAACACUGGCAGCAGGUCCUCUACUCGGGAGAUCUGUGGAGAGCAGGGCCCAAAGGCCAGUGUGUUGAGCAACACCCACACCCAGAACACAACGUUUGCACGCACUGAUUCAGAUUGGGCACGCUCGCAGAGUGCUAUGAUGGAGCAGACGUGUCCCCGGUCAACCCCCCCAGGCGGCGGUCUCUCCAUGUCUUGUCCACAGCAGACCUCUCUCUUCCCUUCUCCCAUCAGCAGCCCUGGUGGCUCCCGCCCCUCCACUCCGAAGAGUGACUCGGAGCUUACCAGUCAGAGCAAAGAGAACCCUGAGAUGCAGUGGGCAUGGGGAGAGCUGCCCCAAGCAGCCAAGCCCUCCUUCUUAAUCCCGUCCCAGAUGCCAGAUUCUGGGAUGAUGUCCCCCAUCUCAAUCCCCGUGUCCACCAGCACCCACUUCCGGACCAUCCCUGGAGAGGGUGGCGCCUCCGGCCCGACCCAGGUCCAGAGCCACACGGGCAGCGGCUCCCCGUCCCCCGGGCCGUACCGACCCCAGUCUGGGGACACCGCGGCCGGGGCUGAGGACGGCGCGGGGCCAGGUGGGGACAUGGAGGUGACGGGAGCAGCCUGUGGAGAGGUGGAGGCGCUGGUGGCCGUCAGGUUGCUGUCAGAGCUGGAUGAGGGCGGUCACAGGGGCUAUCCGGCACGACACACCGACUCCCCGCCCAAGAGGAAAGACAAGAGGAGUCACCACCUGGGAUCGGAUGGUGUCUACCUUGAUGACAUCACUCAGCUGGAACCAGAAGUGGCUGCUCUUUACUUCCCCAAAAGUGAUGCGGGCAGUUUGGUGAGAGGGGGCCCGGAGGCAGGGGUGCGGAGUGCCAACCAAUCCCCUCAGUCGGUGGGCAGCAGUGGGAUGGACAGUGGUGUGGACAGCUACUCGGACCAGCUGGGAGACAUGCCCAACAUCGCCAUUUCCUUGUGUGGAGGACUCACUGACAACAAAGAAAUCACAAGAGAGCAGUUCCAGGAGAAAGCCAUCUCUUAUCAGCAGUUCACUGAGAACCCAUCCAUCAUUGAUGAUCCCAACCUGGUGGUCAAGAUUGGAAGCAAGUACUACAACUGGACCACGGCAGCUCCUCUCAUGCUGGCCAUGCAGGUGUAUCAGAAGCCCCUGCCGAUGGCCACAGUGGAAAACAUCAUGAAGGAGAAGAUGCCCAAGAAAGGAGGACGCUGGUGGUUCUCAUGGCGCGGCCGGAACAGUGACUCCAAAAAGGGCUCAGUUUCGGAGGCAGGAGUUGGAGAGGAGGCAGAGACCUCUCUCAGCAUGGCUUCACUCAACAGAAUGAAGGAGGAGUCCUCCUCCAGUGACGAGGAUCACAGAUUGUCCAAUCAGGGCCCUGAGUCCUGCCAGGCCGAGCCUCUUCCCACACCUGGUGGUGUGUGCUACAGGAAGACCCUCAGACUGACCCCAGAGCAGCUGGCCAGUCUGCAGUUGAAGGAGGGUCCGAAUGAGGUGGUGUUCAGUGUGACCACUCAGUACCAAGGUACCUGUCGCUGCCAGGGCACCAUCUACCUCUGGAGCUGGGACGACAAGAUAGUCAUCUCCGACAUCGACGGCACCAUCACCAGGUCGGACACCCUGGGUCACAUCCUGCCAACGCUGGGUAAAGACUGGACCCACCAGGGCAUUGCCCGUCUCUAUCACAGAGUCAGCCAGAACGGUUAUAAGUUCAUGUACUGCUCAGCGAGGGCCAUCGGUAUGGCUGACAUGACCAGGGGGUACCUACACUGGGUCAAUGAGAGAGGAACCAUGCUGCCAAUAGGUCCGGUCCUACUCAGUCCCAGCAGCCUGCUGUCUGCUCUGCACAGGGAGGUGAUAGAGAAGAAGCCUGAGAAGUUCAAGAUCGAGUGUCUGACCGACAUCAAGCAGCUGUUCUACCCCAACGCUGACCCUUUCUAUGCAGCCUUCGGCAACAGAGCUACGGAUGUGUAUUCCUAUAAGGAGGUGGGGGUUCCACUAAACAGGAUAUUCACAGUCAAUCCCAAGGGAGAGCUGAUCCAAGAACAUGCUAAGACUAACAUCUCAUCGUAUGGUCGUCUGUGUGAGGUGGUGGACCAUGUUUUCCCCAUGUUGAACAGAGGCCACGUCUCCGACUUCUCCUGCCCUGAUACCUUAAGCCAGUUUACAUACUGGAGAGAACAACUUCCCGAGGUCCACUGCCCUGGGCAGCCCAAGGUCCCCAGCCUGGAUCAGCCUGAAGGACAAACCCCUGAACAGCCCAAGGUCCCCAGCCUGGAUCAGCCUGAAGGACAAACCCCUGAACAGCUCAAGGUCCCCAACAUGGAUCAGCUUGAAGGACAAACUACUGAACAGCCCAAGGUCCCCAGCCUGGAUCAGCCUGAAGGAAAAACUCCUCAACAGCCCAAGGUCCCCAGCCUGGAUCAGCCUGAAGGCCAAACCUCUGAACAGCUCAAGGUCCAAAACCAAGAUCAGCCUGAACAACAAACACCUGAACAGACCAAUGUUCACAACCAAGAUCAGCCUGAAGGACAAAGCACUGAACAUGCUCUGGUCCACAGUCCCAACCAGUCUAUGGACAUCAGCUGAGGAGACCCCAUAACUGGGAAAUGACCAGUGGUAAAUCUGGGAAAGGGAAGAGAGAAGCACUAAAAGUCAUGAGGAUGCAGCCAUGCUAAAGUGUUUUCUCUAAAACCACACACACGCACAAUCCUGCUAAGACACACGUGGGUGCCAUUAGCACAUUUAUAUGCACUGGGGAAAGUGUACUAGCUUGGUGUCUAUGUAAUCAGAGUGUAGCUUUAUGUUCUAAACCUCAGUUUUGUUGUCUCCACAACAUCUUCCCUCCAACGACGACUAUUUUCUCUAAACGCCAGCCGCAAUUCUCCCCAGAAGCACUGGUUCAGCCUAGCUGGGGAACAUCUCUGUGAAGUACGGCCUUGUCCAUGAAACGACAGUUCCACCAAGUUAACAUCAGCUGGUUGAGUACAGUAGGUAUAGUCUCCUCAGAUUUGGGGCACUAGUGGAAUAAAUCCACAACAAUGCAACACUAUGUUCAGCUAGUAAUGAAAAUACAAUCAAAGAAUGGGGCUCCACUGUGAACGCCGAUGCGUGACAUUAUUGUACGCUUUAAAGGAGGUUUCCCUCCCAGCAGUAGCAUUUCAUUCCAUAAUUCUGGUUUGAUUUUUACAUUUCUCAUCAUGUUCCGCAUGAGGUAAAUUUGAGGUAGAUACGAUUUAAGUUACAGAUCAGCUGAUUUUAAACAGGCUUCUUUCUCUGGGAUUUGUCUCACAGAUCGUCAACCCACAGUCCUUUAAUGGUCAUUAAGACAGACAAUCUUAUAAUAAGCAGUGCAAUGAUUUUCAUUGAUUUGGCUUCCUUCAUGCUCACUGAGUAGUGUCAUUCAUACCUUUUCUGUGAGAAUAUUUGUAUUAUUUUAUUUUCAGAAAAUGGAAAUAUGUUCAUAUUGAUUCUCUCAAUCUGUGUAUAACUGUGAGAUUUAAAAUACUUUGACAAAUUUAAUAACUAUCAAAUGAAUGCUUUUAAGAAGCAUUUUAUGAGCGGACUUUGAUUUGGCCUCGGUUUUAUUUUAUUGUAUAUACAGUAUUUUAUUCAUGUGAUUGACUAUCAGUAGAGUUGUGAAGUUUAUUCUCACUUGGUUAUACACAUAUUGCAAUCCUUAUAAGUUAUACAUUUCAGAAAGGCUUGGUUGACUGCUGGACUGUACUUCCACCUGAAAUGGCUAACAACAUUUGAUAACAGUAUUGUCCAGCAAAGCACCGCCAUCAAGUCGCUCUACAGUAAACUGGCAAUAUUCUCCUGAAAUAUAGGAAUUACUACUUACAAAGAACUUGGAUUUAUGCAUUAGUUUACAACAAGCAUUGACGUUGCUUGUAAUUUCAGCACUUAGAGAGAGGUCCUUUGUGGCUCAAUUGGUAUAGCAUGUCACGUUCAGCGCCAAAGGUUGGAAAUGUGUGCCCUCGCUACUGUACAUGGUUCUGGAUAAGGGCGUCUGUUAUUGACUGUAUUGUGAAUGUAGAUGUAUAUAAAUCUCUUCAAGGGGUUAAAGGUUCAAAGCAGUGACACCUCAGGCUGUCAGUUCAUGCUACAUCACUCGUGUGAGGAGAGCGCAUUCUAGGUGAUGAAGGAUGAUGAAGGAUGAUGGACUGAGUGAAACAGUGCUGGCGUUUCCUUUUUGUUCUAUUAACCAUAUUGAUGACCUCUACGAGCCGGAUCACAUCACUGUGAAGGAGUGAGGUUUCCCAGUGUCAUGUUGCCCUAGCAACUUCUUUUUAUAGAUGUAGAUGUAGUCCAUGACGUGGCUGGUUAAACCACCCUUUAAACCCACCCUCCCACGAUGGAGGUUUCUUGAAGAAAAGAAAGGGAAGAUGUUGUUCCAGAGUCUUCUGACUUGGUAACUAAAAUUAGUGGUGGGUCUCAGCAUCUGCUUAGUAGAUGUGUUUGAUGGACAGAUGGAAGUUACAUGUUACGAUGGCUGGAUGUAAUGAUGGAUGGAUGUUAGGAUGUAAUGAUGGAUGGAUGUUAGGAUGGAUGUUAUGAUCAAUAUAUGCUAGGAUGGAUGGAUGGAUUUAGGGAUGGAUAAAUUAGUGAAAGGAGGACAGUGAAGUGUGCUCUUGUCCCUAUCUCAUCAGGAGAUUGUUCCAAUAAUGAAAAAUUGCUGUAUUAUGUAAGUAUUAUGAAGUACCACUGUACAUUCUGGUUAAAUUACAGUAUUCUUUCUGUGAAAGAUCUUUAUGAACAACAAGUAGCUUGUUGACAUAUGUAUUGGCUGUCUCUGCUCUCUUUAGGUUGUCUCUAAGAUGUACAGAGUUGAUAACACCACCACAGUGUCCUGUUGUAAUGAGGUUAACAAAACAACUUGGAAAAUAACUGUAAAUUGUUCAAUACAUGCAAAUAUGGAUUGUU